AUGACGAAGAUCUUCUACUAUGAUCUAAUCGGUGUUGCACAUUUCGCAACACACGAUCAAAUCCUGGCAGUCAUCGAGCUGGCCAUGGAGGCCGUCAUGAAAUGCCACCUGAGUGUCGAUCUGCUGCGAACAGCGAUGCACGUGUUGCUGAGCCCGGAGCGUCGCGAGGCGCACGACCGACGGCAGGGCGCGUUGUGCCCGAAGUGGUUCAAGCGGACUGCUGACUCGCCACUCGCCGACAAAGGCUCCUCCUCUCUCAGCUUCUCCGAGGUGCCGCCAGACGUCUCCGAAUGGAUUAAGGUCCCGUGCCGGCUUCGUUCUCUGGUUGCCAAGCGAAAGAGGAAAGGUCGUACGAUCUCUUCUCGGCCGCCCUGGGAAGCAGCAGAUACAAAGCGCGGCCGGGCGGCGAAGGCGGCGAAGGAGAGGCUGGUGCUCCAGGCGGGCGGAGCAACCACGGUCGAUGCGAUCUGCGGAUGCAUGGGGUGGACCGUUGGUGGUGAUGGGCGGGGACCAGCGUCGCGCUGA